GUUUCAGCAAACAAAUGGUGGAGAUACUGAACAAACACGGUAUUUCAUUUAGCAGUUUUGAUAUUUUUUCUGAUGAAGAAGUUCGUCAGGGACUGAAAACAUAUUCUAAUUGGCCAACCUAUCCACAGUUGUACGUAGCUGGAGAGCUAAUAGGUGGACUGGAUAUUAUCAAGGAACUUGAGGCUUCUGGAGAGCUGGACACGAUCUGUCCGAAGGCAUGCAAGUUGGAGGACAGGCUUAAAGCUUUGAUAAACAAAGCUCCCGUGAUGCUUUUUAUGAAGGGGAAUAAACAGGUGGCAAAAUGUGGCUUCAGCAAGCAAAUUAUAGAAAUCAUGAAUAAUACUGGGUAUGUGCGACAAGGACUGAAAACCUAUUCAAACUGGCCGACGUACCCUCAGGUGUAUGUAAAAGGUGAACUCGUUGGAGGGUUGGAUAUUGUUAAGGAGCUAAAAGAAAGUGGUGAACUGUUGCCUGUUCUGAAGGGAGAGAAUUAAUGUGAAAGGACAUCAGUGAGAACCGAAGUCCUUUGAAAAAUUGUUCAUGUAUAGAUGAUAUUGG